AUGCAGUUCGUUAUCAAGUGCUUAGCAGCUGUGGCAUGGGAACCGAAUAAACCCCUAAGCAUCGAGACUGUGGAGGUUGCACCUCCCAAGACACACGAGGUGCGGGUGAAAAUCCACUCAACGGGGGUGUGCCACACAGAUUUGUCGACUUUGUCGGGUAUUAACCCCGAUGGUCCGGGUAACCUGUUCCCAACCAUCCUGGGUCAUGAGGGCGCCGGGGUCGUCGAAAGCGUUGGUGAAGGGGUCACUAAUGUUAUGCCAGGAGAUCAUGUGAUCCCGCUGUGGCUGCCGCACUGCGGCACAUGCCAUAUGUGCUUGUCUGGAAAGACGAACAUAUGCGAAAAGGCAUUCGCGACUCUCCUGAGCGGGAUGCUCCUGGAUGGCACCUCCCGCUUCACCUGCAAUGGCAAGAUCAUCCACCACUACGUGGGCACCUCCACCUUCUCGCAGUACACUGUCCUCCCAGAUAUAUCCGUCGUAAAGGUGAACCCAUCGGCCCGCCUGGAUCGGGUGUGUUUGAUUGGCUGUGGGAUCCCGACAGGGUAUGGGUCUGUCUUGAACACAGCGAAAGUGGUGGAGGGCUCAUCGGUGGCAGUCUGGGGACUGGGCACCAUAGGCCUCGCGGCUGUUAUGGGGGCCCGGAAAGCCAAAGCCAAACGCAUAAUNACUAUGACUAUGAGAGAGGACGCGCAAUCGCGCAAUGCGUGCGUGUAUCAUAUGUGCGCAAGCGCAUGCCACCGAUGGAAUCAAUACUUAGGUAUGAUACUUAUUCUGCACAUGUGCAAAGCACUUGUCACACAUUGCCUUCUCACACAUGGUAAAGUUGUCAUGCGUCUUGUUCCCCCUUAUCCUGAUUAUAGUUACAAAGGAGAGGACAUACCCGGACUGGUGGAAGAAUACUUGAAAGGUGGACUAAUGGUGGACGAUUUCGUCACUCAGGAACUCAAGUUUGAAGAUAUCAAUAAGGCCUUCGAUUUUCUCCGAGAUGGGAUC